AAUAGCAACUAGAGCAGACGACCCUAGAGGGCCUAAGAGGCUCACGCGAAACUUCAGGAAGGCAAGAAACAGCAGUGAGUCAGUACGGACUACGGUCAGUAUACACAAGUCCAGGUCCAGUGUCAGUUGCGCGUGCGACCCAGUGUGACGGUGGCAAGUGUUUUUGUGUUGACAAGUGUUUACAAAGAUUAUUGUGACGCAAUAUCGGUAUCAAGAGACAGAGAAAAACGAUAUUUAAGGAGAAAUGGAUGGCAGCCAAUCAAAAGCCGUAUGUGAAAUCAUCGAUCUUGGUUCUGAUACGGAAUCUGAAUUGGAAAACCAGCUUAAAGUGGAGCCUGGACUUGAUCCAAAUGAAGUGUCCGAGAUUAAAAUAUUAGAAGUUAGAAGCGAAGCGGAAGCUGUUAGCUCAACGUCCAUCGACAUAACAGUUUUACUGCACGAACAUAAGAGACUAAUAAAUGAGAACGCUGAGCUAAAAAAAUCAAAUUUAAAAUAUUGUAAAGAACUUGAUACUUUACAAAAGGAGAGAGUUACAAUAAAACAAAUAAAUGAUCUUCUAUGCAACAAAAGGAAAAUUAUUUUGGAUUUAGAAGAAACAAUAGGAUCACUGACUAUAGAGUUGAACAGAGCAAAAUGGCAAUUGCAAGUGGCUGAAGAAUCUCAAAAACGAUCCGAACAAAAAAAUAUAAAAACUGUCAAACUCCAAGGCUGCCAGACUGAGUUUGAAGUUAUCGAAAAAUCUAUCUUUCAUGAACUUGAACAGAAUACACAACGUAAAACUGUGAUCAUAGAAGAUGUGAAAAAGAGAUUAGACAGCACUUCGAAGAGAUUGGAGGACCUUUCACAAGAUUUUAAAGAAAACGUUAAAAAGCAAAAGCAUUUGGAGUCUUCAUUGGAAAUGGCAAAGAAAGUAGAGAAUGAACUACGCUGUCAACUUACUAAGCUCUCUGAAGCUGCUGGAAAGGCUUUUGCAGAAAUCCAGGAUAUGAUUUCUAGAAAAAAGAACGAAUUGAUUACAGUCAAAGAUGAUAGCGAAAUUGAGAAAAAAGAGGAAGAGGGAAUUUCAAUCGAGCAGCGAACGUUAUUGAAAAGUCCAACGGAAACAGUGGAGAUGAAUAUUGAGAUUGCGAGUUCGGCCAUGACAAAACACAAUGAAAUUCAGAAAAUAUUAAAAUCCAAGACAUAUUCAUGUGAUGAAUGUGGUAGAGAAUAUCCUAACCUAAAAGCUGUCAAGAGACAUCAACGCCAACAUUCAGAAAUAAACUUCAAAUGCAAAUUGUGCCGAAAAGUCUAUGCUCUUAAACAAAAUUGUAUUCAACAUCUCCAGGUUUUACACCAUAUAAAUCAGAAUGUUGGAAAUUUUAUUUCCACUGUAAAGAAACUGGAGUAAGUUUUCCAAACUAACCCCAACAAUGUACAUUUAUGUUGUAUAUAAGAAGACCAGUAUUAUUAUCAUAGUAUUUUUAUAUUUUUGUACCGCUUCCUUUAUAUUCAUCAAUAUAUUAAAGAUUUGAAAUAAUAAAAUUAUUUGUUUUC